AGCAAUGGCAAAAAAUAAAGGAAAAAAAGUUGAUUUAACAGUAAGAAUUUCUCGUAAAACAUCUAUUUUGUCUUAAACUUGAUUCCAUUCACGUAGAUGUGGCUACAGUGCAUGGCACUGAUUUUACCCCGCGUCCAAGCGCAAUUUGAGGUCCAAGAUCAAUAUAUUGGUAUUCUUUCUAGCUCCACAUUCGUGGGAAUGAUGUUUGGAGCAAUGUUCUGGGGCAUGCUCUCAGAUUCUCAUGGACGCAAGCAGGCUUUUAAUUUUACACUCAUCGUCACAACCAUUUUUGGAAUCGCUGCCAGUUUCGCCAACAGUUACUGGUUGCUAUGUCUCUUAGCCCUUUGCUUGGGUUUUGGGGUGGGCGGGAAUAUGCCAGUGGAUGGUGCUUUGUUCCUUGAGUUUACACCAAAGAAAAGUCAGUAUCUUUUGACCUUUCUAUCAAUUUUCUUUUCAUUCGGUGCGGUGGCAACAUCUAUUCUCGGAUAUAUUUUACUACCACCAUUCAGCUGCGAACUGCCUGUGCCAGGCGGCUGCCAAGAGAAAGGAUGGCGAUACAUGUUUCUUGCAUUAGGUGGUGUGACGCUGUCGAUGGUUGUUGGACGCGUCUUACUGUUCAGAUUAGAAGAAUCACCCAAAUUUCUAUUGAAUCAUAACCGCCAUGAGGAAGCAGCGAUGGUUCUCCGUCGAAUCUAUAAAAUCAACCACCAUAGGAACCAGCAUCGUAACUCAGAAGUUUUUGAAGAGAACAUUGAGACCCUCACUUCUCGAUUCAACUGCUCUCACGUUGCGGAUGAACUUUCCUCACCACGGUCCUCAGAGGAGGAGCUAUAUUCUGACUCUGAAUCUGUACAAGAGACAGAGCCAUCAGAUAAUCGUAAUAACGCCGCAGUAGGGCCUGCUAGAAGGUCACAAGAUGAUAUUCAUCAACGUCCAGGACCAAUACUACGAAGUAAAUACGGGAUGAUGUUUUAUAGAAAACGUCGCCAAUGGCAGCAAAAGAUUGAUGUCGCUAUCUCAAGAGUGAAGCCAUUAUUAUCACCCAGGUUUCGACUUAGUACGAUCUUGAUCUGGAUCAUCUGGGCCUUGGUGGCAUUUGCCUACACAGCAUUUAACGUAUUUUACCCAAAGUUUUUACAGGAACAUGGUGCAGUAGGCAACCAAUCCUUACGACAGGUCUACCUGGAUAUCCUUAUUUACUCUGCUGCUGGUGUGCCUGGCUCGUUUCUCGCCACAAUCAUGGUUGAAGGACGGCUUGGUCGUCGCUACACAAUGGCCGUUGCAACACUUGGAACUGCUCUGGCCGCUGCCCUUUUCGCAGCCUUAAGCAGCCAUGCAGCCAUGACCACAUUCUCGGCUAUUCUUAGUUUAUUGGCCACCUUGAACUAUGCUGUCUUAUACUCGUACACACCUGAAGUAUUUCCUUCUGAGAUCCGUGGUACAGCUUGCGGUGUAGCUGCAGCCAUGUCACGAUUGGCGGGUAUUUUAUCACCUCUGAUUGUUGGAGCCAUGCUUACUGUCAGUACUUAUUUCCCGCUUUAUGCGUCCUGUGUGACUUUCCUCAUUUCCGGUAUUUGUAUGUGCUUUCUCCCUAUCGAGACCAAAGGGCGAGCUGCAGAAUAGAAGGAAAUCAACGAGUGUAAAAAUGAUUACCUAUAAUGUACUUAUUA